GAACCAAAGUCUCCGGAUGGCUGUCCAGGAGUGCGCGCCAUCGUGGCUGCAGCUGCUCCGGCGGCUCCUGCUGCUCCUGCUGCUGCUGCUGCCGCUGCCGGCGGCGGGCGUGGGGGGCGCUGGGGGCGCGCGGUGGAGCGGGGAGGGCACCAGCCUGCACCUGCAGAGCAUCUUCCUGGGCCGCUGCGCCGAGUACAGCACGCUGCUGAACCCCGAGCUGCGGGACAAGAACUGCACAGCCAUCUGGGAAGCCUUUAAAGUGGUGCUGGACAAAGAUCCCUGUUCUGUGCUUCCCUCGGACUAUGACCUUUUUAUUAACCUCUCCAGGCAUUCUAUUCCCAGAGACAAGUCCCUUUUCUGGGAAAAUAACCACCUCCUUGUUACUAGCUAUGCUGAAAACACCCGUCGCUUGAUGCCCGUGUGCGAUAUUCUAUAUGGCAGGGUUGGAGAUUUCUUGAGCUGGUGUCGACAGAAAAAUGCCUCCGGACUCGAUUACCAAUCCUGCCCUACAUCAGAAGAUUGUGAAAACAACGCUGUGGACUCCUUUUGGAAAAGGACAUCCAUGCAGUAUGCAACAGAGAGUUCUGGGGUGAUCCAUGUCAUGCUGAAUGGUUCAGAGCCAAAAGGAGCCUAUCCCGUCAAAGGGUUUUUUGCAGAUUUUGAAAUUCCAUACUUUCAGAAGGAUAAAAUCACACGAAUUGAGAUCUGGGUUAUGCAUGAAAUCGGGGGACCCAAUGUGGAAUCCUGUGGCGAAGGCACUGUGAAAAUCCUGGAAGCCAGGCUGAAGGAAAUGGGGUUCGAGUACAGCUGUGUUAAUGAUUACCUACCAGUGAAACUGUUACAGUGUGUGGAUCACAGCACUCAUCCUGAUUGUGCCUUAAAUUCGGCAGCGGUGUCUACUCAAAGAGAAGCCCCAUUCUAUUAUGCAAAACAAAGUGCCAGCCAUAUCAUUCCCCUCUUACUGGCUCUGGCUUCCGCAACUCAGAUGUAACCAGAAACUCAGCUGUGCUGAUCUAACCAGCCUCCUGCCCUGCAGCCUGCCCCUGCCCAGUUGUCAUUUCUGUUCUGUGUAUACCAAGUAAUUCCAUUGUCCAAAGAACGUUUCUUUCUGUGAAAACAGUGUUCUGAAAUGGUAUUUCAGAAACAAGAAAUUAUUCCUAUUUAGCAGGUUAAAACUUCUGCAUUAGAAUUAAAGAAGUUGGCUGAGCAUGGUGGCUCACGUCUGUAAGCCUAGCAGUUUGGGAGGCUGAGGCAGGAGGAUUGCUUGAGCCCAGG